UUUAGAUCUCUUAAACAGAGCAUCAACACAUCUACUACAUUAGCUCCAGCAACAUCAUCCGUAAGUGUAGGCAAUAUUAGUAAUUCUUUACGUUCCAAUAACAGCAGCAACACGGCAAAACAUGAACAAACAACCGUGGCAGCAACUGUUGCUGCUGCCACUACCACACCACCGGAAAAAGAGAAAAAAAGAAAGGAAGUUUCGAGUUCCAGAGUGAAAAAAUUUCAUCGCCAUUUCACUCAAGUUCCAAAGGAUGAAAAACUUAUUAAUUAUUUUUCAUGUGCCCUAGUCAGUGAUAUUUUACUGCAAGGACAUCUUUAUAUAACAGAACAGCAUUUUGCAUUUUAUUCAAAUGUUUUCGGUUAUGUUACUAAGGUUGUCAUACCUACUUCAUCAGUUACAAAAAUCUCUAAAGAAAAAACAGCCAAAAUUAUACCAAAUGCCGUCGGUGUAGCAACAGCCGACGAAAGACAUGUUUUUGCUAGUUUUAUAAGUCGAGAAUCCGCUUUUCGACUUAUGUGUAGUGUAUGUCCACCAAUGGCACCUGCAGAAGUAAUAACAAAAACACCUGCAGACAUAGAAAUCUCUGAAGAAUACUCAAUUGAAGAUGAUAGCAGUUGCUCAGUCAGCGGCAAUGAGAGUCCACCGCGCGGAUUGGCUGACAAUGAAGCUGCUAGUAACGCAGCUGAAGAAGAUGCUAGUCAAAAACUUUUAAGACGUACUGCGGGCAGUUCAAGUUUUACAGCAGGUGAUAGUAGUCAUACGACAAAGGGGAAGGGACGAGGUUCAGACAUUCCACAAAUCAACGGAUUGGGUCAUGGAAAUGUUGGUGUACGCGCUUCUGCACCACCUACCGCUCCUAUACAUACAUCAUCCGCUUCCACAUCCACCACCGGUGUAGCCGCUAGUGCAGCUACAAAUUUAACUAUGAUUAUUGCUGGUACAGCUUCUUCAACUGCAUCCACAUCUACAUCAUCAACACCAACACCUUCAACCUCAUCAUCGCCCACCACUGUUAUGGCUAAACCAAAGACAACGGUGCAGUUCGCUACUGAAAACUUUAAGUUAUUAAGUAAAAAAUUAUUAAUAAAUAUUAAGAUGCCAACAGAACAACAACUCGUAUAUUUGGGUGUUUUCCUCGCGUUGAUUCUUUCGCUAUUCUCAAUCUUCCUAUUAUAUAGAAUUUUAAAUAUUGAGGCCAAAACAAGUUUAUACAAUUCGCCAACCUCAUUUAAAUGGCGUACCGGUAAUGAUGAUGAUAUUUUCACUGAGGCUCUACGUUGGCAACAAGAACUUCAACACAAAAGCUCUGAAGAAGCUCAGCUUAUAUUAAAGAAUAAUUUAGAACAAAUUUCUAAGGUGAGUUUUAAAUUUUAUAAAUAA